AUGCCGAAGCCAUUGGUUGUCCAUUUGGAGCCAGUUAGAUAUAGCCAUCAUUUAUGGAUAGAACUUGAAGAAAUUGCUGAGAUAGAGCUUGUUGGUGACUAUUCAAGGGAAGAAUUUAUCAAAGAUCUUCAUGGCAAGUACGCCAAUGUUGUCGCCAUUGGAAGAGGAUACCUUACAGGACAAAAAGUUGGGAUGUUCGACGAAGAAUUAAUAUCUCAUUUUCCAUCCUCGUUGAAAUAUAUUGCACAUCAGGGCACAGGAUAUGAUCAAAUAGAUGUUGACGAGUUAAAUAAACGUGGCAUUCAGUUAUCGAAUUGUCCAGAUAUUGUGACUAAAUCUACAGCAGACAUGAAUAUAUUUCUUAUGCUUGGGGCAAUGAGAAACUUUGAAGCCGGAAGGCGAAAUCUCAUCGCCGGUAAGUGGCCAGCUGGUGGUCUUGGUGCAGGUGUUGAAGCAGGAUGGGCCCCUUCAAGAAAAGUUUUGGGGAUUAUAGGUAUGGGAAACAUCGGUCGCGCCGUCAGAGAUAGGGCAGUAUCAUUUGGGUUUGAAAAAAUCGUUUACUACAGUAGAUCCAAGCUAACACCGGAAUUAGAAAAAGAUUGUGAAUAUGUUGCAUCGCUCGAAGAAUUGGUCGCUGCUUCUGAUGUCCUUUCUAUCAACUGCCCGUUGAAUAAAUCUACAUACCACUUGAUAAAUGAUUCGUUAAUCUCCAAAAUGAAAGAUGGUGUGAUAAUAGUGAAUACAGCUAGAGGUGCUGUUAUCGAUGAGCAGGACAUGAUCAAGCACUUGAAGACUGGUAAAAUCGGUGCAGCUGGCUUGGAUGUGUUUGAAAAUGAACCUGUACCUCGGAAGGAUCUAUUAGACUUGCCAAACGUCAUGGCAUUACCUCACAUGGGCACCCAUACAGUGCAAGCCUUCUCUGAUUUCGAGAACUGGACAAUUGAAAAUAUUCGCUCUGGAUUAUCAACCGGUAAAGUUCGUACAAUUGUGCAAGAGCAGCAGAAUACUACUUUUAAUUAG